AUGAAAUGUCUGCAGAGCUUGAGCCGACUCUUGCCCCACGCGGUGGUGUUGCCCCGCCGGACCUUGUGUGCUUUGGCCUUGGGCCCGACCCCUGUGACCCUCCGGGUUGUCGGCAGCGGCCUCGCAGCGGAACUUCCAGGAAGGAGCCGGGUGGCUCAGCUGUGCCGACCCCGCCGGUUCCGGGUGGCAGGUGAAGUGCACCGGUGUAGAACAUUUGAUGUCUCUCAGGCCACUUUAGCCAGCGUCGCCCCUGUGUUUACUGUGACAAAAUUUGACAAAAAAGGAAAUGUGACUUCUUUUGAAAGAAAGAAAAAUGAAUUACACCAAGAAUUGGGUCUUCAGGCCAGAGAUUUACGAUUUCAGCAUGUAAUGAGCAUCACAGCCAGAAACAAUAGGAUUAUCAUGAGAAUGGAGUAUUUGAAAGCUGUCAUAACUCCAGAGUGCCUUCUUAUAUUAGAUUACCGUAAUUUAAAUUUAGAGCAAUGGCUGUUCCGAGAACUUCCUUCACAAUUGGCUGAAGAGGGUCAGCUUGUCACAUACCCUUUACCUUUUGAGUUUAGAGCUAUAGAAGCACUCCUGCAAUAUUGGAUCAACACUCUUCAGGGGAAGCUUAACAUUUUGCAGCCUGUGAUCCUUGAGACAUUGGAAUCUUUGGUGGAUCCCAAGCAUUCUUCAGUAGACAGAAGCAAAUUGCAUAUCCUCCUACAAAAUGGCAAAAGCUUAUCAGAGUUAGAAACAGAUAUUAAAAUUUUCAAAGAGUCCAUUUUGGAGAUCCUGGAUGACGAAGAGCUGCUGGAAGAGCUAUGUUUGACUAAGUGGAGUGACCCACAAGUCUUUGAAAAGAGCAGUGCUGGGAUUGACCAUGCAGAAGAGAUGGAGUUACUGUUGGAAAACUACUACCGAUUAGCUGAAGAUCUUUCAAAUGCAGCUCGGGAACUUAGGGUACUAAUUGAUGAUUCACAAAGUAUUAUUUUCAUCAACCUAGACAGCCACCGUAAUGUGAUGAUGAGGCUAAACCUACAGUUGACCAUGGGAACCUUCUCUCUUUCACUGUUUGGAUUAGUGGGAGUUGCUUUUGGAAUGAAUUUGGAAUCUUCUCUAGAGGAGGACCAUAGAGUGUUUUGGCUGGUUACAGGAAUUAUGUUCAUGGGAAGUGGCCUAAUCUGGAGACGUUUGCUUUCAUUCCUUGGGCGACAGCUAGAAGCUCCUUUGCCUCCUAUGGUGACCUCUUUACCUAAAAAGACACUUCAGACAAACAGACAAAUGGAAGUGAAAACCAGUCUCAGGCCAGAUGGACUUGGAUCGAGUGGGAACCUCCUAACAAACCGUUAGGAACACCGGGGCAAGAUUGAGUAUUUUU